AUGCUGGAGUGGCCUCACGCGCCAUCGCCGCACCACGCAGACCUCGCCAGCUUUCUCUCCUACGCGCGGCGCACCGGGCUCGAUGACAAGUCCACCGUCUACGUCGGCACGCGCUACGAGUACGUCGCGGCGGCGGCUCUGCGCCGGUACGGCUUCUACCUGCGGCGCAUCGGCGGGUCGUCGGACCGCGGCGUGGACCUGGUCGGCACGUGGACGUUGCCGUCUCCGCCACCGCGAAAGCAGCAGCAGCAGGAGCAGCAGCAGCAGCAGUCGCCGCUGCGUGUGCUCGUCCAGUGCAAGGCCGGGAGGGGGCACAAGGUCGGCCCCCAGCACGUGCGCGAGCUCGAGGGCGCCUUUGUCGGGGCGCCGGCCGGAUGGAGGCGCGGCGGCGUGCUGGGCGUGCUGGCGACGGAGCGGCCGGCGACCAAGGGCGUGCGGGACGCGCUGGGGAGGAGCCGCUGGCCGCUGGCGUACGUGUGCUGCUCCUCGGGCGAGGGCGUGGUGUCGCAGAUGCUGUGGAAUAGGGCCGCUGGGGAGCUCGGGCUGGAGGGCUACGCGGUCGUGCCGAGACGGGGGGUUGGCGGCGAGGAGAGCGCGCUUGUAUUGAUGUACGACGGCGCCGUCGUAGGGGACUUGUCCGUGGAGGGCUGAGUGAAGAGAAUGAAGCUGCUCGGCUACUUGGCAGGGAUCUUCACUUGUUCCGCGCUGUUUGCCAUGGCUGGCAGUAAUGACAAUGUGAU